GGGAACAUUAACGAUUUUUUUUAUAUUGGGUACAUUCUAUUUAACGUUUACGAGAAAUGGAUAUGUCAAUUGUCAAUUUAAAAACGUUAUUUUAAAUUUUAAAACUUGAUUCCUUGGUUUGUUUACAGUAAAAACUUGAAAACAGCAAGAUGAGUGAUUUUGAUUUAAUCCAAGCGGGUUUCAAUAACGCUGAUGAAACAAUUAAUUUUGGAACAAGAAGUAUUGGAUGUGCAACUGCAAGUUUGUUUGAAAUUUGCACUUUAGGUUUGUUUAAAUCAGAAGAUGAAUCUUUUACAGGGGUUACAGAUAUAAACAUAAAUGCUGUUAUAAAAAAUGGUUAUUUAUUUUUUGCAAUAGAUGAUAUUCUAAAAAUAUUUCAAGAUGUAGAAAUGUCGCAAUUAAUAUUUAAUGCAACCCUUCAAUUUUCAAUAAGAAGUAUAACAAUAUCUUCCAAUGGACAAUUCUUUCUCAUCUGUUUUGUAACUGGAGAUGUUGAAUUAUUCACAAUUGGUGAAGAGGGCAUCGAAACAAUACAUUCAGAAUCGGCCAGUGAAAAUUCACAUUCUCAAAAUGCACAUGUAGUAGCUUGUUCAAAAGAUGAUGAACUUGCGGCUUUUUUAAUAGUUUAUCAUAAUGGUAAUAUUUCAAGGAUCACAGUACAUUCAAACAACAGUGAAAAUAAAUUCAAUGUGGUAACAGAAUGUUUAUGCAAAUUAGAUUGCAGAAUAAGUUUGUCAGAUCUUGUUUAUCCUCAUCUAAUAACUGAUGGAUUCUUAACUUCCAAUUUCAAUUUAGAGACAAAGGAAGUCGCAACUCAGGAUUCUUACAACUUCAAAAAAAUGUAUUACUUAGGACAAAUGGUGCUGUGUCUCGAUUUUGAAGGAAAUUCAAUGCUAUUAUGUCCACUAACUUUGACUAUUUUCUUUAUCGAUUACGAUUUUCUGAUCGAAGAUAUGCUAGUGAUGAAAAAUGAAAAUCCAAAAAUACUAGUUGUGACCAAACCUAAUGAAAUUGGUGAUUUUUUUCUGCAAUUAUUAGAAUCAGAUUUUAGACAAAUAUUUUCUCUAAAAAUAAACUACCCAGUCGAAUUUGUCCAGAUGGAUUUCGCUAAAAAUGAUAUUGUCUUUAUAUCUAAAAUUACUACUGAAAACAAAAUAACUGAGCUGCGUAUUCAAACAGUAUAUGAAACAGAUCCGGAAUCCAGACUGAUGAGGCUUAUUAAAAGAAGAAGGUUCGAAGAAGCAGAACUGUUUGCUAAGACAUUCAAUGUAAAUCCAACUAUAAUUCUUAAAGCUAAAGCACAGUUGAUAGUCGAUAAAACCAAAUGUACCUCGGAAGAUAUAGAUGAUCUGAUAAAUCUGAUGAAUGAUAUAAACGAUUCAUGGUUUAAUCUACAGUGUUGUACAGAUGUUGAUUGUUCGAAUUUCCAAGAUGUCAGAAAAAUUUUAACGUACGGGUCUAAAAUAACGCCCACAUCCGAUGACGAAAACAAAGAAGAAUUGUUAGAAAUGAAAGGAACUAAAUUGGAUCUCUUGUAUAAAUUUGAUACUUUCAUGGCUUUAACUGGCGAAAGCAAUAUACAAUCAUGGACGAAUUUUUCAUUAUGUAACUUACUCCUUGAAGUUAAAGAAUAUCUAAAAAACUACCGGAUUCAAGACGCCAUCAUAGUGUACAGUAGAUUGGAUGACAAAGCUAAAUCCUCUUUGAAUGAAGAACACGUACGGGAUAUCUUAGAAAUAUUUAAUAAUUUACCUUGGGAUUUAGUACAACCGUUUUUGCCAACGUUCAUUCCCAUUACUAUGACAUACCUCCCGUCUGCUCUGUUUCUUUUUGUCAAUUGGCUGCUAGAUAAAAUAUACCACAUGGAAAAACGAGAUUCUGUCAAUUUUCCCGAAAACAGCAUAGUAAUGGUAGAAGAUAUAAUGAAAAUGAUAAAUGUACCAAAAAAGAAUUGUAUUUCAUUCCAACGACACUGUAUAGCGAAUAGAGGCUUUGAAGAUCUUUCUGGUAUUAUUGAAGGUUUGAAAAUUCUACGAACAUUAAAGAACAAAUUUGGAAUCUGUGUCAAGUUGAACGAAUAUUUAGAGGGUCCGAAUGCUCUUACAAGUACUCUAGUACAGUUGUCGAUGCCUCCAGAUCAAUAUGAGAAUUUUUUGAAAAACUUUUUGUAUACUUUCAUGUUACAAAAUAAUAUAGAUCCAGACACUGUAUUCGUAAAAGAGAUUAAUACCCUCAUAGAAUUUGGGGAGAGUUGGAUAACAGCCAUUGAAGUUAUCCUAAAACAUGUGAGUUGCAUAGAAAUGAGACUUCUAACUGUGAAAAAUAUUCUGGAAAAAACGCCAGUUCCAUGGUGCGAUGUUACAAGAAGAAUUACACAAAACGUUUUACAAUUGAAACAUCCAUUGGUUAUUGAAAUAGCAGAAACAUUUAAUAACGAAUCUCGUUUAAUAGUUUUGAGGAAUAAUCGAUAUGGGAUAAGGAAGACGCAGCUUGCAAACGAGUUCGGAAAUGUUAUUCAUCGAAUAAUUUAUGUCAACAAACAACAACGACAAAUGAUUGAAGAUAUCUAUCAAUUAUGUCAAUCCGACAAGGAACGAUGUCAAGCCAGUGUGAUUUUGUUACAACAUUUGAUAUCAAACGGUCAUUUAGAUGAAGCUGGUCUUGUUUUUCAUAAAUACAUACAGAAAGAAGCUUACGAAUGUGCUAAAACAUUGACUUAUUACGCCGAGGCUUUCAUUAAUGAAAAGGAUUUCAACUCAAAAACACAGGAAAAUUAUUACAAUAUGUUGCCAAAGCUGUACAAUAUAUUGAUAGAGUCUACUAAAAUGGAAUACGAAAAACAAAUGUUUCAAGAAGAUCACCGUUUAUUAAGAGGAGUUUAUUAUUUUAAAAAUGAGCUGCAGUGCCACUUCACUACACAUUCUUUUAAGUCGUCUGUUACUAAGAAAGAGAAGUACGAGGAGUUGAUUAAAAUGUUCGCCGAAAAAAUAAAUUCCGAAUCCUGCAAGUUUUCGGAUGUUCUUAAAUAUUCCGAGAAGGUAGCUUAUCAUUUAUCGAAGGAUAAAGACGAAGUUUUGGUUAAAUUUUGUGAACAAAUUAAAAAUUUCGAAUUCAUUUUGAAAGCAGGAGAACAUCUAUACGAUACUAAUGCCGAUAGUAAAAAUCUUUGCCUCAUAUCUGGAUUGUUUAUUCAAUUUUUAGGAUAUAAUGGCAUUAGUGCAUUUGAACCUUCUUUAUUAGAAAACACAUGCAAUCAAACUUUGGCAACGUUCGAUAAUUUAAAAUACGAAGAUGAUUCUUAUAAAAAUGAUAUUUUCAUAAAUGGCUUGAUAUUGGCCGAAAAAAUCUUAACCAAAGCUCGUAUGACAGCCACUUAUUCAGAUAUACUAAUGGUUGACGAAUUGAGUCGCUGGAUAAACUGUUGCUACUACCUUACCAGACAAGAUAGUACGUUAUACGAUGAAUUGUAUAAAAAUAUAUAUUGUCCAAAAGCAAACAUUCCAAGUAAUACUGUAUUGGAUACUGUGCGAAACUGUUUUGAGGCAUUUGUUCUCACGUUGGAGAAAAGAAAGUUUGCUGAAUCUGAUUACUUCACGUAUUUUUCAAAGCCCUCAGAAGCUCAAAUGGCACAACUAGUACUAGAAAUCAACAGCCUUCCAUCUACAAUGGACAUAUUCUGUAGAGAAGGACAAUAUCUUACAGCAUUCUUUUUAUUAAGAACCUUAUCAAAUUCUUUAUAUCUACAUCCUAUUAAAGAUCAAAGUAUUCUGAAACCAUUACAUUCUUUAAUGUCUACCAAAAUUCCUGCACAAAUAAUAUAUGCGGUUGUAUCCGCCAAAUACAUCGAUUUGGAUCUCUUAUAUAAUUUACUAUUAUCUGCAAGAAAAGAGGCAACAAAGUACCUCUGUCAUUAUCUCCAAACCUACAAAAGGAAUUGUAAAAAGUUCCACGAUUUGUCUCUAGUUGGUAUACGAUUGUCGAAUUUUUACAAGGAUCCUAAAGGAAGGGACGUUAUGGUGAAUUCCGUUAAAACAUGUAAAUGGUGGCGAGCUCUAACGCCGUAUCAUUCUAAAAUGAUAUAUGAUGAAUUUUUCAAAUCAGAUGCUGAUGCUAGAUUAAAAUAUCUGAUAAAUCUGGAACUUCUUGGUACUAAAGAGAUAAGAAAUUAUUGUGAGGACUUCAAAUUGAAUGUUAACCAAUAUUUUAAGGAGUUUUUAAGAAGUUCAUUGAUCAAUUGGAAACCCGAUUACGAAAUACAAAUUAGUAAUGGUAAGAGACAACUCAUAAUUAAAAACGAUCCUGAAUUGUUACAUUCGACAUGUGAAGAUAUUAUCAAAGAAAUUGAAGAAAAAGAAAAAGCUGGAAUAUUUGUGUCAAUGGAAAAAAUGAUAAAAGAGAUAAAUUUUUACCAUUAUGAAGUUUUUCUUACUAUUUAUAAAAUGAUAGAACAAUACCAGAAGGUUUCGAAUGAUAAAUUCAUUGAAAUGCUCUUGUUUUUAAAAAAAUACACUCGAUUUGAAGCACCCAGUCAAAGAGAAAAGGAAGAAUGGUACAUCACAUUUCCUGACACCCAAAUUUUAGAUCCUCUCUCCGAAUUUCGAUUACCAUUUACCACCAUUUUGUUUACAAUGGACAUUUGGAGUAUAUUGAGACCAGAAAUAAGUUUGAAGUCUUAUGAAAUUUGGUUCCAAGCGACAACGAUACUGAGAAAGAAUCUGAAAAAUGAUGAUAUUUGUGUUUAUGCUGUAAAACAAGUGGUCUCCAGUGGAAUUCUUGGAAACAACCCCUCGAAUAAUUGGACUCUUUAUUCCAAAUUUGAAGAUUUAUUUCAUGAAGUUGAUAAAUGCAUCCAACACAUAUCAGAUUUAGAAAGAGCCACAUCUGCUGCUUAUCAUUUAAUGAACUAUACACCAGAUGGUGCCGAUAAAGUGUUAGCUGCUAAAUUGAGUUUUAAAUACGCCUCUAUCUAUAGAAAUAACCAUUUAAAUGAUCCCGAAGUAGAGCGAGCUUAUCUCAAAGUUAAAAAUAAAUUUUAUGGUUUAUCAGUAUGUAGCAUUUUGCACAGAUAUAAUUUGGCAAAGGAAACAUAUCUCAAACUAGUUACGCAACCUCAGUGUCUUAUUGAAAGCCUUUACAUGGAUGAAAGCAUUCCGAAAUAUGCAGGAACUUUUUGUUUGGCAUAUUCAGAUAUUAAUAAUGCAGUUGACGCUUUAGCAGAGCUAUUUAAUUUGGAUAUAGAAGAAAUUCGUUUGGAUAUACUGAAUCGUUGGUUAAGUAGUUCCUAUAUGGAAUCCGACAUGGAUACCACUUUAUAUUUUACACCUAUUGUGUCAAAUAAUGCAAACAAUAACAUUGAGGAAGAUAAUUUGAAAAGAGCUGUAUAUCUAUGUUCCAGUGGAGAUCAGCAAACUUGGCGAACUUAUCUUUUAAGAGUGGGAUUAAAUGAAGUCGAAGACGAACAUAAAAACGUCGCGUUUAAAGCUAGAGCUUUGAAAUGUUUUUGCGCCCUUACAGACGAGAUUACUAUAACGGAAUUAACUAAAUUGCCAUAUAAUGAAUUUUUGAACUACAUAGAUAAACUAACAUUGUUGAGCGAAUUGGAAACUUUGAGCAUUUUCUUGAAUAUAGAAACUUUGCAACAAUAUAACAAAAGAGAAUUGUUGAAAAAGUUAUCCGUUAUGGGUAAACCGCUCGCAAUAAAAUGCAUGGGAGAUAUCUGUAUUACAUAUUUUCUACAAGAAGACAAAUAUUGGGAAUAUAUUGUCAAUAGUUCUAUCAAAUUAGAAAUGAUUGAAGAACUUAAAAUCUAUGUUGAGUUCCUUAAAGAUAAAUGUGAUAAAUAUUAUUACAUCAGAGCUUGGCAGGCUUUGGUGGAUAAAUCCUUCCAACAAAUUCCAAAUGAUGAUCAAUUAGAACAAACUUUGAUUAAUAACUUUCUAAUGAUACAGGUUAACACAUCACAAAUGGACUAUAUCAAAGAAGAAUCAAUGGGAAGAUAACCCAAAACCAUAUUGUAGAGAGCGGUGAUGUAUAAAUAUCUUUGUAAACACUCAGACAAAAUAUAACAGAAGCGAUAGAGACAAGACCCAACGAAAAGAGAAACACUAUACCACAGUUCACCAAGAAAGUUAAUGAAUUGGCAAAGGGAAGAAGGGAACACACAUAAAAUACAUUUAUAAUAGAAAGCUCGACGAGAAUGAAAAGUACAAAACUGUCAAAAAUUGAACAAACAACUACAUAAAGAAGGAACACUGGGAAACAUUCUCAUCAGAUUUGAAGAUGUUCUUACAUGGUGGCCAGAAGAAGGUGUAAUAUAUGCUAUGUAACAGAAACAAAACAAGUUACUGAGGACGUAGAAGUAAAUGACAUUACAGUAGAAGAAUACAUUAGGUACUUUGAAAGUGAUGACAAUACAGGGAUAGGGAUCUCAGUGAAUGAUAAUCAUAAUAAAAUAGAUAUAGAGAAGUUGAAGCAAUAAUAACAAAAUUGGAAAAUUGAGAAGCAACUCGUACUGAUAAUAUAAAUAAUGAGUUAAUCAAGUAUAGAGGAGAGGAACUGAAAAAGGACCUCGUCACCUUUUUUGCAGGUUAUAAUAUCCGGUGUCUACAGUACCAACUUAAAUAUAUCCAUACCUAUACAUAAAAUAGAAGCAAAAAGAGAUUUCAACAAUUUCAAAAAUAUAACUUUUUAAAGUGUUCAGCACAUCCAUGUUAACAUGUUUUGUUAACUUCACUAAAGUCUCAGAAAAAGUACAAUUGAGGGUCAUAUUAAAGAUUGUAGAAAAGAACAAUAUAGAACAUUAUCAUAAAAAUAUUAUCAAAGAGCUGAACAACGGAACUAUAAGAAGGAUUAAAUCUAGAAUGGGAAUGUUUAAAAAAUUACAGAUUAUGACCAGGAUAAUUAAGUUGGAAUUUCUGGAACCUUUGGCGAUAUUCAUACUGAAUAUACUGUUUACACCAACACUAACAAUUACACUGUCUGUGUGUUUACCUUCAGUCUCUGAAGACGAUAACUUGGUUAUCGAAACGCGCGCCAGACAGUGUAAUUGUUAGUGUUGUUGUGGUGGUGGUAUAAACAGUAUAUUCAGUAUGACCAGGAUAAGACAGGCAUAUAGCUUUACGACUAUACUAUUUAAUUUUAUCAUAAUCAUAGAAAGCGUCAAUAAGGUCAUCGCAGGUUACAGAAUCUGAGAUCGAUCGUUAAAAGUGUUUUAUAGAUGAUAGUACUAGUGACAGAGAAUGAAGAUGACUUACUUCACAGAAUGAAGGCGAUGAUGAAUAAAUAUAAUAUGAUCAUUUUUAUUAAGAAGGCUCAAUUAAUGGUCAUAGCCAAAGACCCGAUUAAAUAUAAACUAGCUGUCGAGAAAAA